AUGACGGCGCCCAAUCGUCCCCGCGUCUUCCUCGAGAUCAGCAUCGGGAACGAACCAGCAGGCCGCUUGACCAUCGAGCUCUUUGCUGACCAGACUCCCAAGACAUGUGAGAACUUCCGCGCUCUAUGCACAGGCUCACACAAAAACCUCAACUAUGCGCUCAGUCCCUUCCACCGCAUCAUUGACGAAUUCAUGGUCCAAGGCGGAGACAUAACCCGCGGCGACGGAACAGGCGGCGACAGCAUCUACGGCGGCGACUUUGAGGAUGAGAACCUGGGAUGGCGCGACAUGGAUGCUGCUGGUUUGGUGUGCAUGGCCAACCGUGGAAAAGCCACCAACAGCAGUCAAUUCUUCAUAACUCUCGACAAAUGCCCGCAUCUGAACAACAAACACACCAUCUUCGGACGCUUGGUCGGUGGAGAAGAUACGCUGGCUCGCAUGGCCAAGGUCCAGGUUGAUAAGGACGACAAACCUCUCGAACCUGUUCUGAUCGCACGUUGCGGAGAACUUGAACGCAGAAAGAAAGUACCCGCCGCAUCGCCCGAACCAGCCAGCAAAGACAGAGGCCGAAAGAACAGGCGCGGAAGCUCUGCAUCCCUUUCGCGGUCUCCGUCCCCACGACCUCAGAGAAGCCAACCAGUACGAAGACAAAGCGACCACUUUAUCGACGAGAAUCUACGCGGCAGAGUACGCGCUAGAUCCGAUGAUGAGGACGUAGAGUCGUCUGCAAAAGAGCAGGCUAUAGAAUCGGAUUCGCAGAGCCCGGACAGUAGGUACAAGCGGAAACGCAGCCCCAGUCCGUCGCGAGGAUUCCAGAGGAAGAAAGCCAGCCGGGAAUCGAGCCGAAGCCCAGUAGACUCGCGCCGAAGGAGAAGAAGCCUGCCGAAUCAGUACUAUGAUCAUGAUGCACCGAGUCGGUCGAACGACAGUGAUCGCAGACGGCCCAGAGAGAAUGAUCGAUACAGACCUGGCAAUGGCAACAGGCAGUAUGACAGAGACGGCGGAAGAAGAGGAGGAGAAAUUCAUAUCGUCCUCCACCGAGGCAGGAAGAAGGANCGUCUGGGCGGAGACCCGUACGGCAGCGCCGGCGCAGGAGCAGGCGAAGAGAGCACUGUCAAGUUCAAAGGCAGAGGCCACAUGAAGUUCAGGGAGCCAGAUAGGCGCUGGUAA